CGUCUCCCUAACUCUCCCUCCCUCCUCCUCCUCCUCUCCCUCCCACCCUCUCAGCUCCGGUACCGCAUUGCUGUGCUGCAGGGGUGACUGCAUUGCGCUGGGGCCGUCAAUAGGUGGACCACCUCCCGGAGAAAUAAAACUGGCUGAUCGGGAGCCGGCAGCCCCUGCUGUCUGAGAGCUCAGCCACAGAAACCCUCACCUGCUACUGAGCAUCACCCCCAGGAGGAUGGGGAAAGAAAAGACCCACAUCAAUAUUGUGGUCAUUGGCCAUGUGGAUUCCGGCAAAUCCACCACCACUGGCCACCUUAUUUACAAGUGUGGAGGCAUAGACAAGAGAACAAUAGAGAAGUUUGAAAAAGAAGCAGCUGAGAUGGGGAAAGGCUCCUUUAAAUACGCCUGGGUUCUAGACAAGCUAAAGGCAGAAAGGGAGCGAGGAAUCACAAUUGAUAUCUCUCUAUGGAAGUUUGAGACCACCAAAUAUUACAUCACUAUCAUUGAUGCCCCUGGACAUCGUGACUUUAUCAAGAACAUGAUCACCGGAACAUCUCAGGCAGACUGUGCGGUGUUGAUAGUGGCGGCAGGUGUUGGUGAGUUUGAAGCUGGAAUCUCCAAAAAUGGGCAGACCCGUGAGCAUGCCCUGCUGGCCUACACCCUUGGAGUUAAACAACUUAUCGUGGGCAUCAAUAAAAUGGACUCCACCGAGCCACCAUACAGUGAGAAGCGCUAUGAUGAAAUUGUAAAAGAGGUCAGCGCCUACAUCAAGAAGAUUGGUUACAAUCCAGCCACUGUUCCUUUCGUACCCAUCUCUGGCUGGCACGGAGACAAUAUGUUGGAGCCAUCGCCUAACAUGCCUUGGUUCAAAGGAUGGAAGGUGGAGAGGAAGGAAGGAAAUGCAAGUGGUGUUUCUCUCCUAGAAGCUUUGGACACAAUCCUUCCCCCAACUCGUCCAACAGAUAAACCUCUGCGACUCCCGCUCCAAGAUGUCUAUAAGAUUGGAGGAAUCGGAACAGUUCCAGUUGGUCGGGUAGAAACUGGGAUCUUAAAGCCCGGAAUGGUAGUGACCUUUGCCCCUGUCAAUAUCACCACUGAAGUGAAGUCCGUAGAGAUGCACCAUGAGGCUCUGAGUGAAGCUCUGCCUGGAGACAAUGUUGGCUUUAAUGUCAAGAAUGUGUCCGUUAAAGACAUACGCCGUGGUAACGUGUGCGGUGACAGUAAGGCUGACCCGCCCCAGGAAGCCGCACAGUUCACCUCUCAGGUGAUUAUAUUAAAUCAUCCAGGCCAGAUCAGUGCUGGCUACUCACCUGUUAUUGACUGUCACACCGCACACAUCGCCUGCAAGUUUGCAGAACUGAAGGAGAAGAUUGACCGGCGUUCCGGCAAGAAGCUGGAGGAUAAUCCUAAAUCACUGAAAUCUGGAGAUGCUGCCAUUGUAGAGAUGAUCCCUGGAAAGCCCAUGUGUGUGGAGAGCUUCUCACAGUACCCACCUCUUGGGCGUUUUGCUGUACGGGACAUGAGGCAGACUGUGGCUGUGGGGGUAAUCAAAAACGUAGAAAAGAAGAGCGGAGGAGCUGGCAAGGUCACCAAGUCAGCACAGAAAGCCCAGAAGGCUAGCAAAUGAAUUGUAGGCUCCCUGCGUCCAGCAUACAAGCCCUGCCCCUCUGAGAGGGUCCGCCCCCUUCCCUUUGAGGUGCACGUCAGCCCAUCUGCUUGUAAAAGCAUCUAUGUUAACGACUGGAUGCUUACAAUUAAAGUCCAGUGGAAGUUCUUUAAAAGGAAAAGCAUGCCCCCAUAGUGUGACCCUUAGUGUCCAUUUUACCAAUUAAACUGGUUCAACAUUAUUAAA